AUGUACUACAGACGCGGCUCAGGUAACAGACGCUUCACUUCCUCCGCGCUCGUGGAGGAGACAGCAGGAUGGGAGCCUGAGUCCAUGAGGAUGGAGAAGAAAGUGUGUGUGAUCCAGACUGACUUCCACCAGUACCGGCCCAUCAUCAUCCACAGUCAACACGUUCAUCCGCAGGCAGGGAUGAGGGAUCGAGAGGAGCUGAAGAAAGCCAUCGAGCAGACGGAUCGCCUGCUGUCCCGCGUCCGGCAGCUGGAGGGGGAAAACUCGGAGCUGUGCCGGGAGAAACAUGACGUUUUCAUCCGGAUGCGUGCUGAGCAGGAGAGCCUCCAUCAGGCCGAGCAGCGCUGCGUUCAGCUGGAGGCGCAGGUGUCCGGGCUGGAGGAACGUCUGGAGCAGGAGGAGGGCGCCGCGGCUCAGCUGGCCUCACAGCGUCACCGGCUCGAGGCCGAGUGCUGCAGUCUGCGCCGAGACCUGGAGGAGCUGGAGAACACGCUGACUUCAGUGGAGAAGGACAAGCAGUCCUCAGACUCUGCCGUGAGGAAGCUUUCCGAAGAUCUCACCCAGAAGAACGAGCUGGUUCAGAAGCUGCAGAAGGAAAAGGAGCACCUGGUGGAGUUGAGCCAGCAGGCCAUCGAGGACUUACAGAGCGAGGAGGAGAAGGUGAACCUCCUGACCAAAGAGAAAGCCAAGCUGAAGCUGCAGGCGGAGGAUCUGGAGUAUCUGUUGGAGCAGGAGAGGAAACAGAGGACGGAUUUGGAGAAGAGCAGGCGGAGGCUGGAAGGAGACGGCAGGAACGCUAUGGACAACCUGACGGAGAUGGGCAAGAUGAGGGCCAGUCUGGAGGAGAUGAUCAGGAGGAAAGAUGUGGAGAUAAGCAGCACCAGCAGCAGGCUGGAGGCCGAGGAGGCGAUGAACGCGGGCCUGCAGAGGAAGAAUAAGGAGCUCCAGGUCCGCAUUGAAGAGCUGGAGGAAGAGCUGGAGGCUGAGAGAGCCUUACGGGCAAAGGUGGAGAAGCAGCGCGCCGAUUUGAGCCGUGAACUGGAUGAUCUGACAGACAAACUGGAGGAAGCAGGAGGAGCCACGGCCUCUCAGAUGGAGAUGAAUAAGAAGCGUGAGCAGGAGCUGCAGCGUCUCCGGCGGGAGCUGGAGGAGUCUUCGGUGCAGGCCGAGGCGGUGACCGCGGCGCUCAGGAAGCGUCACGGCGAUGCUCUGUCGGAGCUGGGAGAACAGUGCGAAAGCCUGCAGAGAACCAGAGCCAAACUGGAGAAAGAGAAACAGAGUCUGAGGCUGGAGGUGGAUGAUCUGGCGGCUUCGCUGGACACGCUGCAGAAAGCCAAGGCCUCGACUGACACUCAGAUGAGAAAACUAGAGGAGCUGCUCUGUGACGCCAACACUAGAAACGAAGACCUGCAGAAAACCGUGAACGAGGUUACAGCCGCCAAGAACAGACUCACAGCUGAAAACAACGAGCUGACGAGGCAGAUGGAGGAGAUGGAGAACAAGGGCAGCCACCUGAGCCGAUCGAAAGCCCUGCUGAUUUCCCAACACGAGGAGCUCAAGAAACAGUUCGAUGAGGAGGUCAAGGGUAAAGCUCUGCUGGGCAGCGGUCUGUCCGCGCUGCGGCAGGAGUGCGACACGCUGAAGGAGCAGCUGGAGGAGGAGCAGGAGAGCAAGCAGGAGCUGCAGCGCCUCGUCUCCAAACUCAACAGUGACGUCACGCACUGGAGGAGCCGCCACGAGGCCGAUGCCAUCCAGCACGGCGACGAGCUGGAAGAAACCAAGAAGAAGCUGUCGGCUCGUCUGCAGGAGGCCGAGGAGGCGGCGGAGGCCACGCAGGCCAAGUGCUCCAGUCUGGAGAAAACCAAGCAGAGGCUGCAGGGAGAGGUGGAGGAGCUGUGUGUGGAUCUGGAGAAGGCCAACAACGUGGCUGCGGUCCUGGAUAAGAAGCAACGGAUGCUGGACAAGCAGCUGAGCGACUGGAGGCAGAAGUGCGAGGAGCUGCUGACGGAGGUGGAGAGCUGUCAGAAGGAGAGCAGACAACACGCCGCAGAGCUCUUCAAGCUCAAAACCACCUACGAGGAGUCCGUGGAGCAGAGCGAGGCUCUCCGCAGGGAAAACAAGGCCUUGCUGGAGGAGAUCGCGGAUCUCACCGACCAGCUGUCAGACGGAGGGAAGAGCGUCCAUGAGCUUCAGAAAAUGAAGAAGAAAAUUGAGAUGGAGAAAGAAGAGCUGCAGGCGUCGCUGGAGGAGUCCGAGGCAGCAUUAGAGGCCGAGGAGACGAAGGUUCUGCGUCUUCAGCUGGAAGUGUCUCAGGCUAAAGCAGACAUGGAGCGCAGGCUGCAGGAGAAAGAAGAAGAGUUUGAGGCCACCAGGAAGAGCCACCAGAGAGCGCUGGAGUCUCUGCAGGCCAGUCUGGAUGUGGAGGUGAAGGCACGGGCGGAGGCGGCCCGGCUCAAGAAGAAGAUGGAGGGCGAUGCCAACGAGCUGGAGGUUCAGGUGGACCAGCUGAACAAGAGCAACGCGGAGCUGAUGAAGAGCGCGAAGAAGAUGCAGCAGCAGAUCAAGGAGCUCCAGGCUCAGCUGGAGGAGGAGGCGCGCGUCCAGGAGGAGCUGAGGGAGGAGCAGACGCUGCUGGAGCGCCGCUGCACUCUGCUGGUCGCCGAGGGAGAGGAGAGCAGGGCCGCUCUGGAGGCGGCGGAGAGAGUCCGCAAGGGCCUGGAGACGGAGCUGCACGACACUGCAGAGAAACACAACACACUCGACGGCCAGUUCCAGAGCGUGUCCAGCGGGAAGCGGAAGCUGGAAGUAGACGUUCAGCAGCUGACACAGGAGCACGAGGAGCUUCAGACUGAACUCAGAUCAGCCAACGACAAGGCCAAGAAAUCUGCAUGUGAGGCGGCGCGUGUUCUGGAGGAGCUGCGUGUGGAGCAGGAGCACAUCAUGCAUCUGGAGCGCGUCAAGAAGAGCCUGGAGCUCCAGAUGAAGGACAUGAGCGGCAGACUGGAGGAAGCUGAGCAGAUGGCCAUGAAGGGAGGGAAGAAGAUCAUUCAGAAGCUAGAGGGACGGGUGAAGGAGCUGGAGCUGGAGCUGGACGGCGAGCAGAAGAGACACGCUGAGACGGUGAAGAGCCUGCGGAAGAACGAGCGGCGUCUGAAGGAGCUGCUCUUCCAGUCCGAGGAGGACCAGAAGAACCAGCACCGCAUGCAGGAGCUGGUGGAGAGACUCCAGAUGAAGAUGAAAGCCUACAAGAGACAAGUGGAGGAGGCGGAAGAGCAGGCCAAUGUGAAUCUGGCCAAGUACAGGAAGACGGUUCACGAGCUGGACGACGCAGAAGAGCGGGCCGACAUCGCCGAGUCCGCGCUCACCAAGAUCAGGACCAAGAACAGAGGCAGCUUCGGCAAAGGCUACUCCUCGGGUUACAGCACGCCCUAUCCCGGCCUGGUGAGGUCUCCCAGCUCUGUGGGGUCAGAGGGCAGAGGUGAGAAGGUCACCGACGACGACGAGUCCAUCAGCUCUCUCAUUCCCACGUACUUGAAUUCAAUCAAGAAACUCAUGAUCGAUUAGGAUCUGAUUUCCUGCAUUCGUCGUUUUUUGCCUUAAAAAAAACGUAACUGUAAACGUAUAAAUCCUUUUAUCACGAGUAUCUAUGUUCAGUAUUACAUUCGGUACCAUCGGCGUGACCUUACGAUCAAGAAACGAGAAAAAACGUCUCUGCGCUAGUUCGAUUUUGUAAAAAUGGUUUAUUUUGUAAUGUAGUCCAAGGAAUGGGAAUUAAUGUAUGCACCCUCGGGCCAAUUUGCAUCAGUGGCUCUGCAGUGAAUGGGUGCCGUCAGAAUGAGAGUGAAAAAGGUUAAUAAAAAUUGUGUUCAUCAAGACAUUUCUAAAUAAAAUGCGAGCCUAUAAUCUAUAAUAGCACUUCCUUCCACUCUUGCAUCGAAAUCCACCCACGUAUUUGUUCAAAGCUGUUUUUGAGACCAGACCAGACCGCUUUUUUGGUCCGUUCGGACUCCAAUUCUGACGGCACCCAUUCGCUGCACAGCGUCCGUCCACAUUUCUUGAGGGUGAACGCAUUUCUGACACAUUCCUUAUUAACGAGGAUAGUUUUAGCUACACACAGUCAAUGGGACAAAUAUGUGUCUCUUACGAAGCACGCAUCCACUUGGAUAUUAAAUCACGAUUCUGAAUAAGUUAGAAACGGAUACACAUUCAACACGUAUCAUUUUCUUGCUCGGUAGUGUCGCGUUUGCAUUCAUUUUGCAUUUAUUGAUGACAGCUACAUAAAUGGCGCAAACGAAUAAAUCCUAUUUAGUCAAACGUUAAAUUUAAUGUCAUUUAUGUUACAGAAGACACAAUAAAUGGAUGAUAUUCAGCAGUUAUUCUUCAUUUACAUCCUUGUAUAACAGGGAGAGAAUGAAUUAUUUGAACAUGUACAUCGGUGAUGCAGAUGAGUUAAAUGCAUAAGAAAGAAAAAAAAAAAAACUAAAAUGAAAUCCAUCGUGACGAUCAUUUAGGAAAACGUUAAUCGAUUUCAUAUAAAAAUAAGCAUUGUGCAGAAUCAUUAACAUAUAUUAUUUGUAGCUGUCUUCAUUAUAGACUACGUGGUUUGGGGAAAUAAUAUUGGGCCCAAAUGAUGACUGUUUGAGACUUCUGUAUAUUUGAACAAAAGACAGAAAAUAAAACAUCUUUACGUUU